UGCACCAUCAGCGGGUGCUGAUCAACAUCUCGGGGCUGCGCUUCGAGACGCAGCUGGGCACCCUUAACCAGUUCCCCGACACGCUGCUGGGAGACCCCGACAAGCGCAUUCGCUACUUCGACCCGCUCCGCAACGAGUACUUCUUCGACCGCAACCGGCCCAGCUUCGACGGCAUCCUCUACUUCUACCAGUCCGGGGGCAAGCUCCGCCGGCCCGUCAAUGUCUCCAUCGACGUCUUCGCCGACGAGAUCCGCUUCUACCAGCUGGGUGAGGAGGCCAUGGAGCGCUUCCGGGAGGACGAGGGCUUCAUCAAAGAGGAGGAGAAGCCCCUGCCCCGCAAUGAGUUCCAGCGCCAGGUCUGGCUCAUCUUUGAGUACCCCGAGAGCUCCAGCUCAGCCCGGGCCAUCGCCAUCGUCUCCGUGUUGGUCAUCCUCAUUUCUAUCGUCAUCUUCUGCCUGGAGACCCUGCCCGAGUUCAGGGACGAGAGGGAGAUGCCCGUACCUCUGCCCCCACAAGGUGGAGGUUUAAAUGGCACGCCCGGGGACUCCCCACCCAUGCAGCCACCCAGUAGCCUGGCUGACCCCUUCUUCAUCAUUGAGACCACCUGUGUGAUCUGGUUCACCUUUGAGCUCCUCGUGCGCUUCUUCGCCUGCCCCAGCAAGCCCGAGUUCUCCCGCAACAUCAUGAACAUCAUCGACAUCGUGGCCAUCAUCCCCUACUUCAUCACCCUGGGCACCGAGCUGGCCCACGAGCAGCAGCAGCCCGGGGCUGGCAGUAGCAAUGGGGGUGGGGGCCAGCAGCAAGCCAUGUCCCUGGCCAUCCUCAGAGUCAUCCGCCUGGUCAGAGUCUUCAGGAUCUUCAAGCUCUCCAGGCACUCCAAGGGGCUGCAGAUCUUGGGACAGACUUUGAAAGCCAGCAUGAGGGAGCUGGGCCUCCUCAUCUUCUUCCUCUUCAUCGGGGUGAUCCUCUUCUCCAGCGCUGUCUACUUUGCUGAGGCCGAUGACCCUGAGUCUCAUUUCUCCAGCAUCCCUGAUGCUUUCUGGUGGGCUGUGGUAACCAUGACUACUGUGGGCUAUGGGGACAUGAGACCUGUCACUGUGGGGGGCAAGAUUGUGGGCUCCUUGUGUGCCAUCGCUGGUGUGCUCACCAUUGCCCUCCCUGUCCCUGUCAUUGUGUCCAACUUCAACUACUUCUACCACCGAGAGACUGACCACGAAGAGCAGGCUAUCCUCAAAGAUGAACACAGUAGUGCUCAGGGCAGCACUGUGGGGGGAGAAGUGAAGAGAAGACCCAGCAAAAACUCUCUGAACAAAUCUGUUGUGCACUUGGAAAACAGUGAGGAGUUCAACAAUGGCACCAGCUCCUUAGAGAAAGCAAAUAUCAAAGCAAAAAGUAAUGUAGAUCUCAGAAAAUCCCUCUAUGCUCUCUGUCUGGACACCAGUAGGGAAACAGACCUGUGAGGAGAGGAGACGGUUAGAGUUCAGAGGGGCAGAAAGAUUUUCUGGUGUCAGAAACUUGCUACUAUAAUUACUCUUUUAGUACCAAUUAGUUUUUUAAAUCAGGCUGUACUUUAUAAAUUGAUCACUGUCCUGAGCAUUCCUUCAGGAAUACAUGUUUUUGUGGUUUUUUUCCAUGGCACAAAGGGUCACCUAUUUUUAAAAUAGACUAAGAAUAAGCUACACUCCAUGAUGCAGGAGCUAGUAAAUUAUGACAGUGAAAAAUCUAAUUUGUAGAAACUUAUUUUACGAAUGAUCAUUGGUUUUGAAUGGGUAAUUUGUAACCAAUUCAGUUGCUCUGAGUUUAGUGUAAAGAACUGGGGGGAUGUGUGUGUGGAGAAUGAAUGGAUUGGGGAUGGGAGGGAGGAGGUUGAGGAGUUUUGUAUUACAGUUUCAAAUUGAAAUUAUUCAAAUAUAUUUUGUAUCUGUAUGACUGUAUUUAUGGUUGAAAGGAGAUUUCUUAUUCCUGUGAAAUAUGAUAUCAUUAAAGCACUAGGAACAUUAGCAAAUCAGCACUUUCUGAGUUUUCCAGUAGUGAUCAGCACAGAUCUGGUUAUCUUGUAUGUGAAGUGAAUUUGGUGCUUUGAACCCUAGAGCAGAAAACUUCUGUUGUCAUUGAUAUGUUAGUUGCUUGUGAGCCUUAAAUUAUUAAAUAUUGUAGAUAUACUUCUUUAUAAAUAAUUUUAUUAGUUACCUUCCUGUUUCAGAAUUUCUAAGUCAUUCAGUCAUGUGCUUACUCAAAAAAGUAUGUGCAACUUUUUUUUUUUUUGUGGUUUUACAGUUUUGUAUCUUUGUUAUAUUGUUGAGACCUAAAGGAAAAAAAAAUACACUCUUCUGCUGUUACAGGUUUAAAUCUAGUGCACAACAAAUCUAAAGUGAUCUGAACAGAUUUUCAAGUGCACAACAGAUCAAAAACAUGAGGGAGUGGAUAGGCACAAUGAGAAAGUAGAAUAUUGAGUGUAAUAUCUGCAGAACUGUUUUCAUUGUACACUCGAGAUUCCUUGAGCGUGUGCAUCAGUCCCCUUUAUGUAUGCACACACCAUUUGUGUACACAGUUCUCUGGUUUUAGUUCUCUCAGACUGGGAGUGGAUGGCACUUCAGGAGUCGAACGUAGCGUGCUGUGCUGCUUCAAUGACCAUCGUGUGGCUUUUCUCUUGGACACGGAUGAAAAGCACCAUGUUUCCAUCAAAACACACCCCUGGUUUCUUGUAUUUCCAAACAAAACCUUGUCAGUGCUGUGGAUUUUACAGUUGAGGUGUUGUUGAGAGACGAGUGACACCUUGCCUUCAUCAGGAUCACAGCUAACUCUGAAGACCGACAAAAAGUUGCUCCUUUAGCUCAAAGAGCUUUCUUGCAAUUUCUCUUGCAAAGGACAUCUUUGUUUACCCCUUCAACUUCUGUUGUAUUGCUGAAGGAUGGUCCAUGCCUUUCCCACAUCCUGUGGCACAGCAGGAGUAGCAGAGAAGAGAAGGCUUGAUUGUCAACAUCGCUCAAGAUGGGGCUGUCUUAAAAUUGACAUUGGAGAGAAUGUUGCUGGAGAAUCGCCUUGGAUGAAAACAGCAGCAUUUGUUGUCCUGAGGUGCUGAUUCCAGUGUUCCAGUGGAAGAGAUUUUAGUGGAAGCUUCUCCUGCAGUGUGCACAAGCUUCAUUUCAGUAUGAAUAUUUUUUUGAAGAAUGAUAUGGUGUCCAGUUGCUGCUUGAAGUACUCCCUCUAGCCUAGAGAAUAUAUCUUUGUUCACAUAAAGAGCAAACGUUCUGUGCUGUUGUCUUCUGACUGGUUUGGAAAUGCCCUCAGGAAGAUGGAGAUGGAAGUUCAGAUAGAGGAAAAGGAGGGAAUUUGGAUUCUUGAGCAGGAGCUGUCAUCACUCCAUGAAGAGAGUGACCUGGAUCUCAAGCAGUAGUGAUGUUCUCCAGACAGCUCUCCACGGCUUCCCUAAGACACCAGUGAGCCACGAGACUGAGGCAGAAAUUCCAGUGUGGGGAGGGUGUGAGUCAUGAGAUGACACUGACCAUUAGGAAGACACUGCUGCAGAGUCUGAAACCAAACCAGCCUAUUCCUUGUUCUCAAGUCAUCUUGGGUUAGAAGCUGCUGAAAAACUUCCUUCUGGAUAAAUAACUGCGAUGUCCCCAUCAUCCCCAGAAUUGGAUUCCUUCACUGGGAUUGCUGAAACACUGGUCUGCUCCAAGGUUUCUCUCAUGGAAGAAUAGUUCAGCUUCACAACAGGAGUGAGAAAAGUUUAAAUGCUUUAGGGCUCACUCUCAGGCACAAGACUUUAUUAUUUGAGCUUUUGUUUGGAAAUAAAUUGAGUUCUUGUCAUAGAUUGGGCAUCUUAUCCCCUGCUUCUUACAUAUCAAACUUUCUCAUAAUUCUGGAAGAAGAUUCAAGUGUUUGUUCUCUUUCUUUUAUUGGCGCUUGUCUUUAUUUAUUUUGUAUUCUUGAGAUGUGCUGCAUCUCUGGAGUUUGUAUUUCUACUUUUACCAUAAAAAUGCUGUACGUACAAGUCUAGAAUGCAUCUGAAGAUUAGUCUAAUUUUUCAUGUGACUUUGACUUGAACAUUUUUCUGUUUAUGUUUAUAUUGCUAUUUCAAAUAUGUUCAUUAACUGUAUUCUUUAUGCCUGUUCCCCAUCUCUCUAACUCAAUAAAAUAAUGUCCCCAUUCUUCAGAA